GCCCAGUGGGCGGGUGAAGAGGAGGGGGGCGGUCCUGAGCCUGGGAGUGGGACAGCUGAGGGCUCAGGACUCACCUAAUGGCCAGUGUUGCCUGGCUCUCAAGUCAGAAAAGCCCCGAUUCGAGUCCCAGCUCUGCCUCUCCCCAGCUGUGUGACCUUGAGUAAGCGACUUUACUUCUCUGUGCCUGUUUCCCCAUUUAUAAAUUAUGUCCACACUGUGGGCAUUGUUGUGUGGAUUAAUCCAUGUAUGGCCCUCAGCUCAAAAAAAGUGCUUGACCAGUGCCAGCUAUCAUCAUUAACAUGAUUAUGGACGUAAGGUGCCCGAUUGGUGCACAGGAGUCCAAUAGUAAUGUAUAAUAGCAAUGUCUUUUAAUUACGUGAUACCUGUACAUGGCUCUGGAGCCAGACAGCCUGGGUUCAAAUCCCAGCUCUGUCACUUUCUAUUGUGGGACUUGGGGCCAGUGAUGUAACCUCUCUGGGCCUCAGUGUUCUCAUCUGUAAGAUGGAGAUAAAAUAGGAAUGCUGAGAGGAUAAAAUGAGUUAUUGGAUUUGUGCUUAGGCCAGAAUUUGGCACACGUGGUCGCUAUCUGUGUUGGCCAUAACAGCAGUAGUGCAGGAGAGCUGGUAACAACGAUGAUUAUCAUACAGAAAGCAGUUUCAAGGACCAACGGACACAGUAAAUACUCUAUGAGAGUUAGUUUGAUUGUUGGCAAAGGUAUCCAACUGAGCCGUCUUCCUCCCUCCUUGUUCCCCAUCCCAACAGGUAACCAGAUUUUUAUUUUCUCCAAUAUUUCUUUAAGCAAAUACAAGCAAAUAGGAACCUAUAUACCUAUUUUCUCCCCUUUCUUGCCCCAAACGUAGCUCAUUCCACACCCUGCUCCGUGCCUCCCAUUUCCUCCUGUGCACAUUCUCUGUCCACAUGAGUCCUCAGACAGCCUCCCUGUCCUUUUCCACAACCGCCCAGCCCUCCAUUGUGUGGCAUCCUGGCUCCUUUACCCACGGUGCUGCGGGGAAUAACCUUGUGGGUGUGUGAUUUUCCUGCCUGGGCAGGUGUAUCUGGAGGAUUGACUCCUGCAAGUGGAAUUGCUGGAUCAAAGCGUUGAUGCUUUUGUAAUAGUUCUGGCCACGGCCAGGCUCCCCUCAUCAGGGAAUAGCAACACUCUUCAGGGGAGGCGGGCUAACCUAGCAUCUCCUCGGUACCAGUCAUGAGCGCCAGGCUUUGCAUGUAGCGUCUCUUUGUAUCCUUGAAGCCACUGGUAGCUAGGGUGUGGGUGGGGGCGGAGAUCUGGCUGGGUCCUCCCUUCCCUCAUGGCCUCCUGCCCACCUUCAUCCCUGCUCAUGGAAGGUGACAUCUUUGCCACUCUUACUAUGUGCCCACUUUACCAAGAGGGCAGUAGAGGCUCAGAAUGGGGAAGGCCCUUCUCACGGAGACUCAUGGAACCGGGGCUGCUGCCCCUGUGCAGGCCUUGCUAACCGGCUGCCCUGUCCAGCUGUCAGGCCUGGCCCUGUUUGCUGAAACGGUAUGGGUGACCGCCGACCAGUACCGCGUGUACCCACUGAUGGGCGUCUCGGGCAAGGAUGACGUCUUUGCUGGUGCCUGGAUCGCCAUCUUCUGCGGCUUCUCCUUCUUCGUGGUGGCCAGCUUUGGUGUGGGCGCAGUGCUCUCCCGCCACCGGUCCAUGAUGCUCACGUACCUGGUGCUCAUGCUCACCGUCUACAUCUUUGAGUGCGCCUCCUGCAUCACAUCCUACACCCACCGAGACUACAUGGUGUCCAGCCCAUCCCUGAUCACCAAGCAGAUGCUGACCUUCUACAGUGCAGACUCGGACCAGGGCCGGGAACUCACCCGCCUCUGGGAUCGCAUCAUGAUUGAGCAAGAGUGCUGUGGCACGUCAGGUCCCAUGGAUUGGGUGAACUUCACAUCAGCCUUCCGGGCCACCACCCCAGAGGUGGUGUUCCCCUGGCCCCCGCUGUGCUGUCGACGGACUGGCAACUUCAUCCCCCUCAGUGAAGAAGGCUGCCGCCUGGGCCACUUGGACUACCUGUUCACCAAGGGCUGCUUCGAACACAUUGGCCACGCCAUCGACAGCUACACGUGGGGCAUCUCAUGGUUUGGGUUCGCCAUCCUGAUGUGGACGGUGAGAGGCGGGAGCCUGUGGGCUGGGUGGGAUGCGGCUGUGAGGCUGGGGCGCCCCUCACCUGCCUCCUCCCCUCCAGCUUCCUGUGAUGCUGAUGGCCAUGCGUUUCUACAGCACGUUGUGAGGAAGAGAAGGGAAGCCCACGUGCACACUCAGCUCCCCUGCCCCUGCUCCCUCCAGCUGCGAUGCCGCCCCACCUCUCCCUUCCCCACCUCCUCCACCCUUCCCUCCCUCCACUCCAAAGUUUUUUUUUUUUGUUUGUUUGUUUUUUUGCGGUACGCGGGCCUCUCACUGUUGUGGCCUCUCCCGUUGCAGAGCACAGGCUCUGGACGCGCAGGCUCAGCGGCCAUGGCUCACGGGCCCAGCCGCUCUGCGGCAUGUGGGAUCUUCCCGGACCGGGGCAUGAACCCGUGUCCCCUGCAUCGGCAGGCGGACUCUCAACCGCUGCGCCACCAGGCCCCUCCAAAGAUGUUUUACCAGGUUUCUGAGCCCUGCUGGGAGUUGGGGUGCCCUGAAACCCCUGGACAUGUGUGCACGGACCCUUAGACCUUAACCCCAUCUCACUUGGCUAAUUCCUGGCCCAUCUUUCCGUGUCAACUUGAAGUCCUGUCCUGGGGUGGGGGGGACCCUUCCCUGAUCUUACCACCCCACUUGCGGAUGCCUCUCUAGUAGCUCCCUGAGCUCCUUCUUCAUGCUGGAUGUCGUCACCAUCACUGAAUAGUUUGUGAUUGUCUAUUUAAGCUCUGGUAGACUGGGACUGCCAUGAGGGGAGGGACAAGUUCUGUUAUGCUUACUUUAAUAUCCCCAGUAUUGCCCGGCACAGGGCUGAGCAUGGAUAUUCAAUAAAUACUGCUUGAACGA